UCCAAAUUGGGUCUUUCUCCUCAAAUCAUGAACUGAAAAACCAUCAAGAAAUUCAUCUUCUUGUAUGCAUAUGAGAUCCUCAACACAUUAACUUGAAGUACCCAUGAGUGUAAGUUGAGUUGUACGUCUGGGAGUACUAAUUGUACCUUUGAAAUAUGGGUGUCCAAGAAAGUGGGAGUGUUGAGGAUCUAGGAACAAAGAAUAAGUACAGAAGAAUGGAUUCUGAGUUGACUGAUGAUGGUGAUGAUGAUCUAGAGGUUGUACAGUACAAGCAGACACAGCACGAAAGGAGUAAGAGAACAAGAAAAUAUGUCUUUGCUUGUGCCGUUUUUGCAUCUCUCAACAAUGUCCUUCUUGGCUAUGAUGUUGGUGUCAUGAGUGGAGCAAUCAUAUUCAUCCAAGAAGACCUAAAAAUCACUGAAUUCCAACAAGAAUUUCUGAUUGGUAGCUUAAGUGUCAUUUCCAUAUUGGGCAGUUUAGCCGGCGGUAGAGUCUCCGACGCCGUUGGCCGGAAAUGGUCCAUGGGUCUGGCUGCAAUCAUCUUCCAGAUAGGUGCAGCUAUAAUGACCUUAGCCCCUAAUUUUGAGUUUCUAUUGAUCGGUCGACUCCUCGCCGGAGUUGGCAUUGGUUUUGGAGUCAUGGUGGCUCCGGUCUACAUCGCCGAGAUAUCACCGACGGUUUCCCGAGGGACAUUCACCUCAUUCCCGGAAAUAUUCAUCAAUCUCGGGAUUUUACUCGGCUACGUGUCGAACUACGCAUUUUCGGGCCUUUCGUCCCACACGAAUUGGCGAAUUAUGCUCGCGGUGGGAAUCCUUCCAUCCGUGUUCAUAGCUUUUGCGAUAUUCGUAAUCCCAGAAUCACCGCGGUGGCUCGUGAUGCAAAACCGAGUCGAUGAGGCGAGAUUAGUUUUGAUGAAUACAAAUGAGGUGUCGUCAGAGGCGGAGGAGAGGUUGUCGGAGAUACUAGCGUCCGCAGAAAGCGGAAACCGAGAUACGGCCGUGUGGCGGGAACUGCUAAACCCGACUCCCGUGGUCAGGCGAAUGCUAGUCGUGGGAAUCGGAAUCCAAUCUUUUCAACAGAUUACGGGAAUCGAUGCGACCGUGUACUAUAGUCCCGAGAUUCUUCAAACCGCGGGACUUGAAAACAAGUCGCGACUUUUAGCCGCGACAGUAGCUGUGGGUAUCUCGAAAACCGCCUUUAUCAUGAUUGCGAUUUUAGUCAUCGAUAAAAUCGGGAGGAAACCGUUACUAUACGCGAGCACCAUCGGGAUUACAUUUUGUUUGUGCGGUUUAGGACUCACUCUUUGGUUGUUUGAAAAAGAUUCGGUUGGGGUGGCGUUAGUGAUUCUGCUUGUGUGCGGGAAUGUGGCUUUCUUUUCGGUCGGGAUUGGGCCGAUUUGUGGCGUUUUGACAUCGGAGAUAUUCCCGUUAAGACUAAGGGCGCAAGCGUUUGCUUUAGGAUUUGUGGAGAAUAGGGUUUGUAGUGGAAUUGUUGCGAUGUCGUUUUUAACCGUUUCUCGUGCUAUUUCGAUGUCCGUGACGUUCUUCAUUUUCGGUAUUGUCUCAGCUUUGUCGGUUGUUUUCAUAUACAAAAUCGUGCCUGAGACGAAAGGAAAAUCAUUGGAGCAAAUCGAGUUGUUGUUUCGAAGGGAACACGACUGGCAAGAAGAGGAAGUAGAGCUUUCAGAUACUCAAAAAUUAGUGCAGGAUCAUGAGAAUUCAACUUUCGGGUUAAGAUCCUGUACAAACAGCACAUAGUGUGAGAACCAUAAGAACAGAUCUGAACCAUCCAAUUUUUAGAUCAACGGUUGAUGUUGAUUACAAUUAAAACCCUUUCAAUUACUAAACAUUAUUAUAAGACCAAGGGUACUAGGUUUUGGUUGAAUCAAUGAUGGAUGAAACAAAAGAGAACCCUUUCAUCAACAGAAAAGAAGAUCACAAAGAUGUUUCGAAUAAAGAGGAUAUUGUUAAUGAUGUUGUAUCGUACAAAACAAAAAAGAGGACUUAAGAAAGGAAGCUUAUGACAGCUAAAAGAGGAAACGGUAAAAGAGGAGUCGAUCAUAAGUCAAAGAGAGGUGGUAAGAUAAAGAAAGAAAAAACAUGGGCCACUCAGCCACAUGACUCUGACGACGACUUCGUUGACCCACCUCCACGAAAUAAAGUCGAGCAUUCAGCAUACGAUAAUGUCGAUGCACCAUACGUAGCCCUAUCGACCGAUAGAAUUAGGAUACGAAACAACCCACUUCAUACGGCGAAACUACUAAGGUGUCUUUCAGUAGAACAGCGGCAAAUGAUAGAGAAAAUAGGUUUUGGGGGGAUAUUGUAUAUGGAUAUGAUGAUAGCACAUUUUGUAUAUUUAAAAAAAAUCAACGUUAAAACCAGCACUUUGGAUAUCA